UCUUCUAUCGUGCUGCUCGCAAAAAUCAAAACAUUAGUUUCGUUUUUUAUUUUAUAACCAAACACGCUAUUUUUCCAGGCGGCAAGAAACUGUUACCGACUAUCUUAUUUUAUAAAAAUAAUUUCACUUAAUUACCAGAAAUAUUUGAAAAUUCUGAUUGUUUGAUUUUAAAUAUUUAUGGAAUAGAAUCUACAUUUUUGUUCACAUCCCAAACUCCUCAUUUCAACUUUUUCGUAAUUCAUUACAAUUUUUUUUAUUUUCAAAACUGAGUAAAAAUUUGUUUAAAUUCUUUAUUUUUCUGUAGAUUAAUAAGAAUGUUUGUAUUUGGCGCACUAAGCAUUGCGAUUCAUGCAAUUUUUUUAUAUUCAGUCUUUGAUGUUUAUUUUAAAUCUCCGAUUAUUCAUGGAAUGACUCCUUAUUCAACACCUCUUCCUGCACCAGCUAAAAGACUUGUACUUUUUGUUGCUGAUGGCAUGAGAGCAGAUAAAUUUUUUGAAGUUGCGGACUCUGGUGAUACGAAUUCUCCUUUCUUAAGGGAUAUUAUAACAAAUGUUGGUGCUUGGGGUGUUUCUCAUACUCGAGUACCAACUGAAUCUCGCCCUGGCCAUGUUGCUAUCAUUGGUGGAAUUUAUGAAGAUGUCAGUGCUGUUACUAAAGGAUGGAAAGAAAAUCCUGUGGAGUUUGAUUCUGUUUUUAAUGAAAGUAGAUACACAUGGGCCUGGGGUAGCCCUGACAUUCUCCCGAUGUUUAGUAAAGGCAUACGUAAUAAUGUCUUUAUUCAUACUUAUACAUCCGCCGAAGAAGAUUUUGCUGCAGCCUCUCCAUAUAGUUUGGAUGAAUGGGUCUUUCAAAAGUUGGAAAAAUUUUUUGAUGAAGCUAGAGCUAAUGCAACCUUGAAGAAUAUGCUCUUUCAAGACAAAAAUAUACUGUUCCUGCAUUUGUUAGGAAUGGAUAUUAGUGGUCACUCCUACAAGCCUGGUUCCCAAGAAUACAUUAAAAAUACUCAAGUUGUUGAUGCAGGUAUUCAAAAAUGUGUUCAACUGAUUGAUUCCUUCUUUGAAAAUGAUGGGAAAACAGCAUACAUUUUCACUUCUGACCAUGGAAUGACAGAUUGGGGAUCACAUGGUUCUGGAGAUAUGCAUGAAACCUACACACCUGUUGUAGCUUGGGGUGCUGGAAUUAGGGGUCCUAUGGGUGAGGGCAAGGAUUUUUAUCAUGAUGGUCUUUCUAAUGAGUGGAAACUUGCUCAAGUGAAAAGAGUUGACAUAAAUCAAGUUGAUAUUGCUCCCUUGAUUUCUACUUUAAUUGGUAUCCCAUUUCCUGUGAACUCUCUUGGAAUAUUGCCUGUAGAAUAUUUAGGAACUGAAUGGCCUCAUAAAGCAUUAUCUUUACUUACAAAUGCCCGUCAAAUUCUUGCAAACUAUCAACGACAGAUGCUCCAAAAGAAAGAAAACACACUGCCGAUUUUCUUUUGGAGAUUUAAGGAACUAUCAUCUUCUCGCCAGGCUGAAUUAAUGGCUAUGAUUGAUACACUUCUCAAGCAAAAUAGAUAUAAAGAUGUUAUACAAGUUGGUUUAAGAAUUAUUGAUUUAGCAUUAAAAGGAUUAACUUAUUAUCAGAAACAUGACAGAAUUAUAUUGAGUUUAAGUAUUUUCCUUGCUUUUCUGGGCUGGAUAAGUUAUGUGUUUGUGUUAAUUCUGAAAGACUACACAACAUUUGGUCAGAAAUCUCUUGAAUCCUCUGUCAUAAUGCCAGAUGACAAUUUUUCUAGAAUGAAAUGUAUAAUAUCAUUUGUAUUUAUUGGAUCUUUUAUAUCCCUAUUGCUUUAUGUCCAAAGUGCUCCUGUUAUGUAUUAUGCUUACUUCUUGUUGCCUGUUUUAUUAUGGAUGCUUGUUUGUUUACAGUGGGAAUUAAUCUAUUCUGCAAAGUUACAUCUUGAAAGAAAAGAUAAUUUUUAUAAAUUUAUUGGAUUAUCUUUAUUGAGUUUCAUUGCAAUGGAAUUUUUGGUCAUGUCCUUUUUCAAAAGAGAAGUGUUGUCUGUGGUUCUUUGGGCUAUAGCUAUGUGGCCAUUUUUAUCAAGCCUUACAAAUACACAUAAGCGACUCUGUCUGUCUUGGUGUAUUACUUCAGUAAUUUUGUCAGGAUUCCCCAUGAUGGCUGUAGUUGGUAAAGAUACAAAUUACAACACAGUAAUAUUAGCUGGCUGGUUGUUUAUUUUUGCUGUCGGAUUUUGUGCCCGGAGACCUGAAACUGGCCUUAUAUACAACAAUAGAACUGUGAGAAGAGAGCCAUACUAUAUAGCAGUUCUUACUGCUGUACAGGUGGUUCUACUAUGCAUUUCUACCUAUACUAUCCAAAGUACUUCUCGAAGUAUUGCUAACAAAGAUGGCCUACCUUUUCUGAAUCAAAUUGUUGCAUGGUUCAUACUUGGGAUAUCUCUGGUGCUUCCUCUGUUUGGGUCUCAAUCUAUUCUGACUCGUUUAUUGAAUGUCAUGACAUCAUUAUUUGCACCAUAUAUUCUUCUCAGUAUUUCUCAUGAAGGAAUGUUUUGUUUGCUGUUAUGCAUUGAAAUGAUUCUUUGGUUGAUGUUAGAACAUCAGUUAUCUUACAAUUAUUCAAAAUUACAGGAUAUACAUUUUGUGUCAGUUCCAGCUGAUCCUACUAAGAAAAAAAUCAACAAUGAAAUAAGUUUGGGAGAUUUUAGAAGAGCUUAUUUUUUUAUAUUUUUCAUUUUAUUAGCAUUUUUUGGGACUGGUAAUAUAGCAAGUAUAAAUAGUUUCAAUCCUACAAGUGUCUAUUGUUUUCUAACUGUAUUUAAUCCUUAUGUGAUGGGAUUUCUUAUGCUUAUAAAGAUUUUGAUACCAUUUUUGAUUGUAAGCUGCAUUCUACGAGCAAUUAAUGUCUGCUUAAAAGCUUCCCCGAGAGCGUUGUUCCUCCUUAUUUUAUUAAUGUCAGAUUUUCUUGCUUUGCAUUUCUUUUUUCUGGUGAAAGAUAGUGGAAGUUGGUUGGAUAUUGGAACUUCUUUAAGCCAUUAUAUCAUUAGUAUAACUGUAAUAAUUUUCAUAAUGUUAUUAUAUGGCCUUGCUUGGAUUCUCACAUCUGUUUCUUUGACAGUUUCGUCAUUAAGAAUUAAGAGACAUUUGUUAUGAUUGUUAAGUGACUUUUCUAUUCCAGUUAAAUUCAGAAAGUUGAAUGUUUAGUUACUUUUUUAAUAUAUUUAUUUUUAAAUUGUUUUGUAAAAGAUCUCUUUUCUUUUAAUCUUGUUAAUUUAUUUAUUCUUGUUGUAAAUCGCACAUACAUGAUUUGAAUUUUGUGUUCUUCUAGUCAUGAAAUUUGUUGAAUCCGUUUAAUUAUCCAAAAUUGUAAAAUACAAAUUUUUAAGAAAUGUAUUGUUAUUUAUUUAAAAUUAAAAAUUCAAGUUGUUCUUUAUUUUAUUAUGAUGCUUUAAGCAUUUGUAUCAUUAAAGAGAUAUUCCAUUAGAAGUUUACUAAUGCAAGUGGUUUCAGAAUCAUGAUCAUGUUAAAGUGUUUGUACACAAAACUUGACACAUAAAAGUGUACAAAAUUUGUACACAUAUAUGUUUAUAAUUUUUCUUCAUAGUACAGUCAAACUACGUUUCAGUGAUAGAAUGGAUAUAACUAUCUUUAUUUAUAGAGAUUUAUAUUAUAUUUAUUUAUAUUAUCUUUAUUAUUAGAGUUUAUAAAAAAUCCAAUGAAGCUUUUUCUUUGUGUAUGUAUCUUUAAAAUAAAUUACUACGGGCAAGCAAUCCAGAUUUGGUGAUAUUUAUUAAAAUGAUUUCUCUUGAUCUAAAUUGUAUUAGAACUUAUCUGUAUUUAAUUUCUAUCCCUUAAUCAUGUUUUUCCAAAAGCAACCAUGGAAGGGUAUAAUUAAAUUGUUGUGUAUUUUUAGUGGGUGUUUAAAACAAAAACAACAAAAUGCUUUGUAGCUUUUUAUGUUUGUAUAAAAAAAUCCUUUUAAUUAUUUUACUUAUAAAACCAUUAUACAUUGUAAUAUUUCUUGUAAUGAAUAUUCUUUGACAAAAAUAUCUGCUGAGAUUGUUGAGCAGAUAGUGAUUCAAACUGCUACCCCUGACCACAUACAAUAUACAGAUACACUUUAUCAUGAAUUUAAAUCUGUUAAAUUUUAAAAACUCGGAUAUUUUUAAGUAACAGAUGCACCUUUCCAGAAUUCAGAUAUCAUUUUUUUGGUGUAUUAAAAUUAUUUACUUGGGAACAAUAAUUACUGUAACAUGGUUUGACUGUAGCAUAACUUAUUGUGCUCACUCAUUCUUCUAUACAAGAAACAUGUUGUGCAUUGUAAAAUCUUUUCUUGCUCUCAAACAGUUAAUCCCCGUAUAAUGCAAACCACCAAAUGCUGUUUGCAUGAUUUAAGUGUAAUAUUGUAUUAGAAGAUAGCUUAAAGUAUGGUUUUAUACUUAAAAAAUAGUUUAGAUUAUAAUUUUCAUGUAAGAAGGCAGCCUGCCUUCAUAUGCUGAUAAUCUGGUUAAAAGUUUCACAUAUAUAUUAGUACUUCAGAUUUACAGAUUUUCACCAGUCUAAAUUUAUAUACAGACAUUAAAAUAAAUGAAAGAAAAAAGGGAAAACUCAAUGAAAUUAAAUGUAUAGUUUUUAUAUAUCUAUAUAAAGCAUUAAAAAAAACAAUUCAAUUGUAAAAAUCAAUUAACGUAAGAGAGAUAGAUUAAAGAUAGAAAUUAAAGAUUUUUUUGUUACUAAUUAAAUUUAUAUUUUUUUUCAGUGAAAAAUUUUGUUCAACUCAAUAUAAAUUUAAUCUUUUCUACUAUUCUUCACAAUUCUUUUUGCUACUACUAUCAAUAGAUGGAAUUUUCUUGCUACAGUGAAUUCUCAAUUAUCUGUGAUUUUUAAUCCCAAAAUAUUAUAGAAUUUUUUUUUCAAUCACAAAUAAUAAGAGAAUUGUUUUAAUGCCAGAAAAUAACAGAAGACUCCUUUUUAUAAAUGAUAUGAUUUUGUAAAAAAGUAACCCAACUACUUGUAAGUACAAAUGUCUACUUUUAUGAAAUCGUAAUUGUAUAUGCAAACUCCUGAUUGUAAGUAAAAAAAAUUUGAAGGCAUUUUUAUAUUAAAUUGUUUGAUCUUUUUUUUUUUCUUUGUAGAUUAUUUGUGGAUAGUAGGGAGUUUACAGUAUGUCUUCUGUCACUCGACAAUAGGCAUUUUAACUGUGCUGUAUUUAAAUAAAACUUUUGUCUUCCACACUAAAAAUGAGCUACGUAAAAAAAUACUAUGAUGAUUUAUCGAACUAAGUGGUGAAAUAUUAAAAUUGUGAAACAAUGUUUUAUUCAUUAAUGACAAACAAUGUUAAGUCAUCAUCUUCGGAAGCUUAUGGUGCUAAUUUUUAGAGCUUUAAAUGAUUUUCCGUAAUAUUUAAAGAGCAGUGUUUGUAUCGACAUAUACUUAACCUUUAAUUUUUAUGAUAUUCCAGUUGUAUGGUUUUGAAUUAAUCCAUUUGAGCAAACAUAAGAAAAAUUCUGUUUACACAACAUUUGAAUUUAACUUUAUCUGAGAAAUGCUUGUAUUAAAAGUUUUUUUUUUUUUGUAUCACUUAUAUUAUAAAAUUCUGAUCAUAUAUUUGCAUAUAUGAGAGAGUAAGUAAAAGCAUAAAAUUUGUAAAAAGAUAUAUAAAAGUUUGAACCAAUCUUUUAAUAUAGUUUUUAUACAUCAGUUUCUACCAUAUUUCUAAAAAAUCGUUUCUUCUUAAACAAAUUGUUAUCAAAAUUAAUAGUAACAAUUUGACAACUAUUAAAGUUAGAAAAGAAUGGGAUUUUUUUUUUAUUUCUGUGCAUUUUUGCUAUCUUAUUUAAUUAAAUAAAUAUCUAUGAAAAACCUGUUCUCCAAUUUUAAAAAAAAAUGCAUAACAUUGUUUCCACCAGAUUAUUAAAUAUAAUUCUUGGCUAAUUUAGUGUGAAAUAUAAAUGUUCAUUGCAUGAUUGCUAUUUAUGCACCAUGUUUGUGAAAAACCAAUCUAUGUUAAAUCAAAGGAUAAGCAUGCAUUAAUUUGUUAUAAAAUAAUAGUGCUUGCAUUAUAAAUAAGCAUUUAGCAUGUACUGAAAACUUGUGGCAAAUAUAUAUAUUGCAAACUUGAAGUUUAGAUAUAAGUUUUUGUGACAUGUUUUUUCUGGAAAAUAUUUUUCUUUGUGUAUUAUUUAUUACAUGUUAAUUGUGGAAUGUUGAGGAAAAAUUCUUUUACUGUUUAUAUUCUUUUGAAUAUUGAAGUAUCUAUUUCCUUGAAUUGUAAUAGUUGUUAAAUGUUCCUUUUUCUGUUUUGUAAGAUAACUUUAAUUCUCUAACAAAAAUAAACAAUUCAUCAUUCUAAAAAAAGAAAAGAGGGCUGCAAAUGAUGAAGAUGUAUUUUGUUGGGGGUGGGGGGAUUAGUUCAUCUUUUGCUCUUUUGUGUUAAUAUAUUAUUUUGGAUUAUUUUUUAUUUAAUUCUUAAUAGAAAUAGAAGAAUCAUUUUUUUCUUUCAGUAUUCCAUUUUCAUCAUAUUUAAUAGUGAUUGUUUCCCCCAUUUUCCUUAUUGAAAAAAAAUACAAUUUAACUAAAAUUCCAAAAAAUUACUUCAAUUUUCAUUAAGAAAAUUAGAAACCUGUCACCGGUUUUUUUUUUAAUAAAUUGUAAAAUAAUACAAUUUUAUAGUUUGAUGGACUGGCAUUUUAGAAAUGAUACUACUGAACAUAUCAGCUAAAAAUUAUCAAAUAAUGAUAAUUAAUUCUUUCAUUUUUGUUUAUUCUUGGUAGAUAUUGUAGAAAAUUGUAAUCAAUGAGUUCAAAAACAUAUAUAUGGAUUCAUUAAUUUAGUUAAUAAUUUUAUCAAAUUCUUUUGCAUUAUGUAAGAAAAAUUUUAUUAUUAUAAGUUUGAAAAGGAAGAUAUCAUAUUAUAAUGCUAAAAUAGUUUAAGUUAUAAAUUUAAGUCUAAAAGAUAUUUCAAAGCUCUCUUGUGGAUUAAAAAAUAAAACCAAUAUUUUAUUCUGUUUAAAUGCAAGAACUUGAAAUAUAAACCCCUUAAAUAAUAUCUUAUCUUUGCUCCUCCCUCCCCCCUAAAAAAAAGAAAAAUAAUUGUCUGAAUAGCAAUAAUAGGCACACAGUUUCAGCUAUUCAGCAUCUCUGUAUUUAAGUCUUGUAUACAAUGAAAAGAAAUUUUUAAAACGUCAUUUAAAAAAUAACGUUUAGAAAUUAUACAUUGUUAUUGAACUUUUUGUUGUUCUAUUCAUCUAGUCACUGAUGAAAAUUAAGAAAAAAUAGAUAAAUAGCUAUAUUUCAAUGCUAUAGUGUGUACUAGAUUUUUUUUCCCUCCCUUCUCUUUUACAAUUGCUUCAACUAUUGCCACUUUUUUGUAUUUUUUGGAGCUUGUUUUAUUUUUUCUUAAUUGUGUAAAAUCAAGAUUUUUAUUCGUAAAAUAAAUUUUUAAGAUUUUUGAAUAUUUCAAUUUAGCAAUUGAAAUUUAGGAUGAUAUUAAUAUGAUUUUUGUUUUGUGAAUAGGAUGAGUAAACAUAUAAAUAGGAUAAUUUUAAAUUUUACUAAAAAGGAAUAAGUUGCUUUGUGUGUGCAGAAUAAAUGUGAAAAUAAAGAAAUUUAGAGAUUAUUCCUAUAUUCUCCAAAUCGAAUGGAAUAAUAAUUUCAUUGAUUUUUACUCUAGAUCUAGAGUAAAAAUCUGUGAGGUUCUUUGUCUUCAUUUGAAUGAAAUCAAAUAUGGUUUUCUAUCUCUUCCUGUUAUUUAAAGCUUAAUGUACUGUUUUGUUUAUUGUCAAUAUUUAAUAUUUUUUCCACCUUGUAAUAUUUUGUACUAUUCCAUUUUUUAAACAAAUUGAUUGAUUACUCAGAUCUAUUUUUGACAUAUUGAAUAAAAAAUAUUGCUAUUUUAAGUUUUUAAAAUAUAUAAGUGUUAAUUUCUUGUAUUUGUGGAAAUGCAAAUGAAUAAUUCUUCGAAUAUUAUUAUUUUGGUAUUUUUGCUGAUUUGGUAUUAUGUUCUCUGGAUCUAUUGUUGUCAAGUUAAU